UUCUUCUUCCUCACACACACACCCUCUCUCUCUCUCUCUCUCUCUCUCUCUCUCUCUCUCUCAAUCACCGUAAACUUUGAGCCAUUCAAGAGACGAUGGCGCAGUGGACGCUUCUCCUGUUUUCUUUAUGCGGAGCUCUGCAGGGACAAGAGUCUCAGCCUUCCACUGUACAGAAGUGCUGCCAGAGCGGGAGGGACAUGGCCCUGAGAAGACACAACUGUGCAUUCCUCCCCCUCAUCUUCUCCUCCCACACCUGCAGGAUCGCUCAGGAGCGGUGCUGCGAAGCAACAGUCGUAGACAAGCUCUGCGACAGAGGCGUUCAAAUGGCCCAAAGUCAAGGGGCCUGCGAGAUGCCGUUCUUCGAGGGAGACUUCAGGCAAAAGCAAAUCUCCAAGAUCUGCUGUGACUGCUGCAUGCUCGGCCUGACGGGCCUGAAUUUGUACUGCGAGCUGGAGGGUCUGAAGCUGGGGAAACACUGUGAACACACGGCUAAAACCUGCUGUGGCAAUAACACGGAGGCCACACCAAAGCCUGAGGGCUCCUCUUGCUCUCAGCUGAGUGCAGCUAAUGAAUCAUGUGCCUGCCACGAUGGUUAUCAGCUGCAAAAUGAUGAAGUGACAUGUGAAGAUAUUAACGAGUGUCAACUGGGCAGCCACAACUGCGUCUCCGGCCAAACCUGCAUCAACACAGAGGGCUCCUUCCGCUGUCAGAGGGAAACCAGCUGUGGUACUGGGUACGAGCUCCAAGAUAACAACAAUUGCCAAGAUAUUGAUGAGUGUGCUUUGGGGACCCAUAACUGCGGACCAGACUUUACGUGCAACAACACAGCUGGCUCGUUCCGCUGCCACCCAAGGGAGCGGUGCACUGGAGGGUUCAACCAGGACGCCAUCGGCCGCUGUAUCGAUAUAAAUGAGUGUGUGGCCAACACCAGUCCAUGCCUGCCCGAACUCACUUGCAUCAACACAGAGGGCUCCUACACCUGCCGCAGGAACACAGUCAGCUGUGGAAGAGGCUAUCAUCUGAUCAAGGACAGCACACGCUGUGAAGAUGUAGACGAGUGUCAUACAGGAAAUGUGUGUGGUAUCCACGGCUGUGUGAACCUUGUGGGAUCGCACCGCUGUGAGUGCAGAAUUGGCUUCGUCUUUAACAGCAUCGCCAAACUGUGUGAAGAUAUCAACGAGUGCAGGCAUUAUCCCGGACGACUCUGUAGCCACAGGUGCGAGAACACAGAGGGGUCCUACCUGUGCAGCUGCACCAGGGGCUUCAGAGUGUCCCAUGACAACAGAAACUGUGAAGAUGUCAACGAGUGUGAGGCAAACCCUUGUAGCCAGGAGUGUUCCAAUGUGUAUGGCUCCUACCAGUGCUACUGUCGCCAUGGUUACCAGCUGAGUGACAUCGAUGGGAUAACAUGUGACGAUAUUGAUGAGUGCGCUCUGCCUGCUGGAGGUCACGUGUGCUCAUACCACUGCUCCAACGCCCCGGGAAGUUUCUACUGCACUUGCCCGUCCACUGGCUACACAGUAACCCCCAAUGGACGCACAUGUCAAGACAUUGAUGAAUGUGCAGCAGAGACUCACAACUGCUCUGUGUCUGAGAGCUGCUUCAACGUCCAGGGAGGAUUUCGCUGCCUGUCCCUCCAGUGUCCUGAGAACUUCCAGCAAGCGUCAAAGGGCCAUUGUGAGCGCGUAACUUGCGAGUUCACGCGGGACCCGGCGUCAUGUCUCUCGCUUCCGCUGAGAAUCUCCUUCUACAACAUCAGCUUCCCCGCCAACAGUCCCGUCCCCGCCGACGUUUUCAGGAUGGGACCGUCCAAUUCCGUCCUGGGAGACGACAUGCUCUUGAGCAUAGCGUCCGGAGACGAGGAGGGAUACUUCACCGUGCAGCAUCAGGCCCACGGAGGAGUGAUCUCCCUGUGCCGUGCCUUGUCUGAGCCUCGGGACUUCUUUCUGACCGUGGAAAUGAGGCUAAUCCGUUACCGAACGGCACAUCUAUACAUGGCCAAGAUUGCUGUGUUUGUCACACACGAGCAGCCAAUCCGACCCUCGAGAACUCUGCCAUAUUAGAAGUCUGUGUGAAAUGAAUACAAAUAACUAGAAAAACUAAUAGUAAAUAAUACAACUAAUAUUUCAAGUCUUGUAUCCACCACUCAUCUGUGGUUUUCCUUUUUCAUCACUUUUCUUUGCCAAAUUAACUGCUUUCUCUUUUUUCCGAGCAUACAUUUGUAACAUUUCUGACUUUUUUAAUAUUUCAACUAAUCCUUAUUUUGGAGUGUGUGUGUGUUGUCCAGGUAUUUCUCAUCUUCUCUUCCCUAUGGCGACAAAAAUAAAUUGUCACAUUUAUGGUUAAAAAAGGCCGAAUCUCACUGCACAGAAAGAUCUGACAUUUUGGAAUAAACACUUCACUUCGGUGUCUUGCUGAGAAACUCAUAGUAGUCAAGGCCCCUAUAUGCUGAAGUGUAGUAAAAAAACAUUAGAAGAUUAAGUAGUUUAUUUUAAUCCAGCUGUUGACUACUCUCAAGGCCUUUUUGUUAUUUAUUCUGGGAUAUGAUGCAGCUGUGGGUAUAAUAGGACAUUUCCUUCACCACUAGAUGGGGCUCAUAAUCUGCUGCAGCUCUCCACAACACUAUUGUUAAUAAAUUGGUGAUGGAAGCUCAGUCUACCUCACGUCUCUGCGGCAGCUUCACUUUAUUUGUACUUUCUAUGUGACUGGAAUUAAAAAAAAGUGACAGAUAAAAAUGGCUUUUCACUCUUUAAUAUCUAAGCACACGCACAGAUGCAGCCAAUGGUUUCUGCCACUACUCUCGUGCUUCCUCCUCUGUGGUCUUUUUUUAAUGUAGAAACCAAUUUUUCCUAUGAUCCACUCCAAGCGGCCUCACCGUAGGAUCAAACAGGCCUCGCCUCAGCGGACGGCAAAGAAAAACAAGCGUGGCACUUAUUUGUGGGCACCUGGGGCCCGGCCAGCGUGGGCUCUCAAUUAGUGGUGGAGCGGCAUUACGGCUCACAUGAUGGAUGGUGCGUUUAGUGUUGGUAUUGGGUGGUUAUCAGUAAAUCUUCUGUAAAUGAUACCGAAAAGGCUGCUAGCUGCUCUGCUCUGGAUAAAUGCAACCACAUACAAUUUUCUGUUCCUCUUUCAGUGUGUGGUGAAUGUAGAGCUGAUUGAAAAUGCAUAGAUGGAAGGAUUUUUUGGGAUUAUAUGACCACCUAAUUUAUAAAAUGCUAAAUUAUUUAAUAUAUACAUGUAUAAAUAGUGAAACACUGUAUGAUGAUGAUAAUCGCAUCUCAAAUUUUUUCUUUUCUUUUGGUAAGAUGCUUCAUAGCCGCCAAUGAUGUUAUAAUUUCACCCCUUUGUUUUCUUUGCAGUAUUACGCAAAAAUUGCUCAACCAACUGUUAUUCGUAUUAUUUUUUAUUAUAGACAUUUUUGUUUUAUUGUUUGCUAGUAGAAUUACGCAAAAACUACUGAACCGAUUUCCACGAAACUCUGUGGUAGCACUCGGUAUGGGUCAGGAAAAAUGCCACUGAAUUUUAGUGUGGAUCCAGGAUUUAUUUUUGU